CGCGCGCGCCAGUCUGGCUCGGGCCGUACUACUACUACUCGCUGCUCCGACUCCGCUGGACUGCCAGUCUCGCGCUGGCUGUCGAGCGUUCGGCACGCUCCGCUUUUCCGCUGCGACGUCAGUCAGUAGUAAAUAGCCCGCGCGCUAUACUUGACUGCUUUUCGUACGUUCAAGAGUCUUGACGACAAAGCGUCGAGUUGAGUUCCUCUCCGAGAUGGACUGAUCGUUCUCGCGGCCGCUCGUACGACGCAAGUGAGUUCGGAGGGUGCGAGAGGGAGAGAGAGAGAGAGAGAGAGAGAGAGAGAGAGAGAGAGAGAGACACGGGGACUGCUGGGAGGGAAAAGUGCGGGAGUGACCAUUAAUCGCCGCACAUCGGAGUCCUGGCCGCGAAAGAGCUGCGCCGCGGUCCUUCCAGAGUGUGCGGCUCGUGGAAAAUGCGAAAUGCGGGGGAGUGUCGCCGCGCUCGCUGCUAGUGCUCGUCGGUCCGUUUGUUGACAGCUGGGCUACAGGGACGGACUCGAGAUGGACCGCCGCGAGGUGCUGCCGCUGCUGCCGCUGCUGCUGCUGCUGUUGCUGCUGAUCGCGGCCAGUCACGUGGAGGCGUCCACCGCGACGACCAGUGGCACGAGCCUCGCGCCACCCUCGUCCGCGGCUGUGCUGCGCUACCCGCGCUACUGCCACUGGGACUCGCCGAGCGAGGGCAGCCUCUACUGCCGGCAGAAGGAGCCGGCGAGCAGCGGACGCCUCAACCUGACCGAGCUGCCCGCCGAGUCGCUCAUCUCGCUGACGCUCCUCUGCUACGAGCCCGUCGACGACGAGUACGGCGGCGACGACGGGGAGCCGCUGCUGCCCGACAGGCGCGCUCCCCUCGCCGCCGAGGAGCUCGGCCACCUCUGGAGGCUGCGGGCGCUCAGGAUAAUCGGAUGCCGAGUCGGCCGGCUCGCCGCGAGAGCCUUCGCCGGACUGCGGGACCUGCGAAACUUGACCAUCAGGACGGACAGCGCCGGGCUGCACCACGUCUCGCCGCAGGACGGGACCGCGGCCGGCGGCAGGUUCGCGCUCGAGAUCGAGGAGGGGGCCUUCGACGCGGCGGCCCAGCUCGAGAAGAUCGACCUCUCGGCCAACAACGUGUGGCAGGUGCCGCGGCGCGCCUUCUGCCCGCUGGCCAACCUCGUCAGCCUGAACCUGUCGCGCAACCUGCUCGAGGACCUGGCCGAGCUGGAGUUCGGCUCGCCGGCCGGCCCCGCCGCCGAGAGGAGACCCAGGCGGCUGCAGGAGCAGCCCCCGGCGUCCGGCCAGCAGGCGAGCGGCUGCUCGCUCGACAUCCGCGUGCUCGACCUGUCGCGCAACCGCAUCUCCGUGAUCGGCGGCCGGCUCCUCUCGGCGCUGCGCCGGCUGAGCACGCUCAACCUCGCCGGCAACGGCAUCGCCGUCCUCGAGGACGAGGCCCUCCAGGGGCUGCGCUCGCUGCGCAGCCUCGACCUCUCGGACAACCGGAUCGUCGCGCUGCCCACGGGGCUGUUCCGCGAGGCGGCCAACUCGCUGAAGGAGCUCAAGCUGCAGAACAACUCGCUGACCGUGCUCGCGCCCAGCCUCGUGGCCAACAUGAACCAGCUGGUCGCCCUGGACCUGUCGCGCAACCUGCUCACCAGCUCCUGGAUGAGCGGCGCCACCUUCUCCGGCCUGAUCCGGCUGGUGCUGCUCGACCUCUCCUUCAACCGCAUCGACAAGCUCGACCCGGCCCUCUUCAAGGACCUCUACACGCUGCAGAUCCUGAACCUCAAGUCCAACGAGAUCGAGCGCAUCGCCCCCGACACGUUCGCCCCCAUGAGCAACCUCCACACGCUCGAGCUCUCGCACAACCAGCUGCAGUACCUCGAGGGCUCCUCGCUCAACGGGCUCUACGCGCUCUCGCUGCUCGCGCUCAACUACAACCUCAUCGAGUCCAUCCACCCGGACGCCUUCAAGAACUGCUCGAGCAUCCAGGACCUGCAGCUCUCGGGCAACAACCUCGAGGCCGUGCCCGCGGCCCUGCGCGACAUGGGCAUCCUCAAGAUGCUCGACCUCGGCGAGAACCGGCUGCGCGUCCUCGAGCGCUCGAGCUUCGAGGGCCUGAGCAGCCUCUACGGGCUGCGGCUCAUGAACAACUACGUGGAGAACCUGACGCAGGACGCGCUCGCCGAGCUGCCCGCGCUGCAGAUCCUCAACCUGGCGCGCAACCGCAUCGAGCGCCUCGAGCCCGAGGCCUUCCGGGCCAACCCCAUGCUGCAGGCCGUGCGGCUCGACUGCAACCUCCUCGGCGAGCUCUCCGGCGCGUUCGCCAACGUCUCGAGCCUGCUCUGGCUCAACGUCUCGGACAACCGGAUCGAGCGCUUCGACUACCGCCAGCUGCCGGGCCAGCUCCAGUGGCUGGACCUGCACCAGAACGAGAUCGCCGAGCUGGGGGCGGCGCCGGCGGCCAGCCGACUGCAGACCCUCGACGCCUCGUUCAACCGGCUGAGCCGCAUCGCCGGGCGCGACCUGCCCGACUCGCUGGAGCUGCUCUUCCUCAACGACAACCUCGUCGAGAGCGUCGAGCCGCAGAGCUUCGUGGGCAAGCUGAACCUCAGCCGCGUCGACCUGUACGCCAAUCAGAUCGUGCGCAUGGAGCUCUCGGCGCUGCAGCUGAGCCAGCUGCCGGCCGAGCGGCCGCUGCCCGAGUUCUACAUCGGCGGCAACCCCUUCGUCUGCGACUGCACGACCGAGUGGCUGCAGCGCAUCAACAACCUCCAGCUGCGCCAGCACCCGCGCGUCAUGGACCUGCAGUCGGUCUACUGCCGGCUGCCCUACGACCGGCGCCGCUCCUUCGUCCCGCUGCUCGAGGCCAAGCCCUCGCAGUUCCUCUGCGGCUACUCGGCCCACUGCUUCGCCCUCUGCCACUGCUGCGACUUCGACGCCUGCGACUGCGAGAUGACCUGCCCGGGCAACUGCACCUGCUACCACGACCAGUCCUGGGCGGCCAACGUCGUCGACUGCUCGAGCUCGGGCUACAAGCGGCUGCCCGGCCGGCUGCCCAUGGACGCGACCGAGGUCUACCUCGACGGCAACGAGCUCGGCGAGCUCAACUCCCACUCGUUCAUCGGCCGCAAGAACCUCGAGAUCCUCUACGCCAACGACAGCCAGAUCGUCUCGAUCCGCAACUUCACCUUCAGCGGGCUGCGCCGGCUCUCGGUGCUGCACCUCGAGAACAACCGCAUCGCCGCCCUCCACGGCAUGGAGCUCGCGCCCCUCGAGGCGCUCAAGGAGCUCUACCUGCAGAACAACCUGCUCGCGCACAUCGAGAACGGCACCUUCCUGCCGCUGCGCCAGCUCGAGAUCCUGCGGCUCGACAACAACCGGCUGACGCGCUUCGCCGUCUGGCUGCUGGCGCGCAACCCCUACCUCGUCGAGCUCGGCCUGGCGGGCAACCCCUGGCACUGCGAGUGCGGCUACCUCGGCCGGCUGCGCGACUGGAUGCUGGCCAACCGGGAGAAGCUCGCCGACUGGCGGCGAGUCGGCUGCGCCGGCGGCGGCCUGCCCGUCCUGGUGAACGGCUCGCAGGCGGCGGCCGACUGCGCGGCCCUCGCCUCGGUGAGCUCGAGCGCGCGCGACCGCCGGCUCGAGGCGUACCUGCCGCUGCUGCUGGCCAGCGGCGUGCUGCUCUGCGUGACGCUGGCCCUGCUCUGCGGCGGGCUUCGGCACCGGCGAGCGCUGCGCGCCUGGGCCGCCAGCCGCUGCGGGCUGCGCGCCUGCUACAAGACCGCCGCGUUCGAGGACCGCGAGAAGCCCUUCGACGCCUACAUCUCCUACUCGGCCGUGGACGAGGCCUUCGUCUCGCGGGUCCUCGUGCCGGGGCUCGAGGCCAGCUACCGGCUGUGCCUGCACUACCGGGACCUCGGGGCCGGCUCCUCGGUCGCCGAGGCCGUGGCCGAGGCCGCCGACUCCUCGCGGCGCACGAUCCUCGUGCUCUCGCGCAACUUCCUGCACGGCGAGUGGGCGCGCUUCGAGUUCAAGGCGGCGCUGCGCGAGGCCCUGCGCGGCCGCGGGCGCAACGUCAUCCUCCUGCUCGUCGGCGGCGUCUGCCCCCGGGACCUCGACGCCGAGCUGCGCAGGCGGCUCUCCUCGCACACCCUCCUCGUCUGGGGCGACAAGCUCUUCUGGCAGAAGCUCAGGUUCGCCAUGCCCGAGCUCAACCCGCAGCAGCACCUCGAGCGGCCGCCCUCGCUGCCCACGCCGCCGCCGCCACCUCAGCACCUCUGGGCGUGAGACCGCUGCUCCUGCCUCGCCAGUCAUGCGGACCGGCAGGCGACGUACAUAGUCGACGAAUUGGCGAAUGGGUCAGCGUUCGACUCGCCUAGCAUUUCGUGAUAUAUACAUACGUGAAAAAAAAACGGAUAAUCGCGAGGCCUCAUUUUUCGAAGGCUGUCAUUUUCACAUCAUCGAAGUAGCCCCGUCAAGUGAAAAAUCGUCAAAUUCUUCACCCUCCCAUCGUUUCUACUCUUCAAGAAUCGUGAUAGCUUCGUAGUAUUCGCGCGCCAGUGAGUCAUUAGAGCAAAUCUCAGCGUUAACGCAGCCUGUGUAAUAUUCUUGUGUCGCAACGAAAUACGUAAAGAUUUUUCUCUCUUCCCUAUCUCUUCUUUAUAUUGAAAAGAUGUAAAAGUUUACUAUUUUGCUCGAAAAAAAUUAAAAAAGAAAAACUGCUAUAAGAGAAAUAUAAUGAAAAAAAAGAAAGUUAACAUAUGAAAUCGAGCGAUAUCGUGAAUGUAAAUACAAAUUUUGUAUAUUUGUAAUAUAGAUAGGCGAAUAAAUUAUGAAAUAAA